AUGGAGGUGCGCAAAGUCUCAAAUAUCCGCCAGCUCCGCGACGUCGUCAUUGAGGAGUGGAAGAGCAUUCCAGUGACUAUCUGUGAAGCUCUGGUUUCUUCUUCUUUCUUUUUUUCUUCUUCUUCUUUUCACCUUUUUCUUCUUCCAUUUUUCUUCUGCUUCUUCUUUUCACCCUUUCUUUUUUUUUUCUUCUUUUCUUCUUUUUUUUCUUCUUCCAUUUUUUUCUUCUUUUUCCCUCUUCUUCCAUUUUUUCUUCUGCUUUUCUUUUCAUUUGCACUUCAUUUUUUUUUUCUUUUUCUUUUUCAAUCCUUUUCUUCCCUUUUCUUCCAUUUUUUCUUUUUCUUCUUCUUUUUUUUUCACCCUCUUUUGUUUUCCAUUUUUUUUCUUCUUUCUUCUUUUCUUUCUUCUUCCAUUUUUUCUUUUUUUUCUGCUUCUUCUUUUCACCCUAUUCUUGCAUUUUUCUUCUGA